AUGAUGGCGGAGCAGGUGAAAUGCGCCUCGGCGGCGGCCGGCACCGGAGCGGGCUCCGGGCCGGUGGUGAACGCCGAGCUGGAGGUGAAGAAGCUGCAGGAGCUGGUGCGCAAGCUGGAGAAGCAGAACGAGCAGCUGCGGAGCCGGGCGGCCACCGCGGCCGCCGCCCCGCACCUGCUGCUGCUUCCGCCGCCGCCGCCCGCCGCGCCGCCCCCCGCCGGGGCCUGCAGCCCGCUGGGUCCGCGGAGCCCCCCGGCUGCCACCGCCGCCUCCGGGGGCCUCGAGCUGGGGCUGGCGGUGGGCGCCGGGGGAGGCGGCGGCGGGAGCUGCGGCAGCGGCGGCUCCAGCCCCUCGUUCCCGGGCACCUACUGCCUGCCCAGCCCGGCGCCCUCCCUGCUCUGCAGCCUGGCGCAGCCCCCCGAGGCGCCCUUCGUCUACUUCAAGCCGGCGGCGAGCUUCUUCGGCGCGGGCGGCAGCGGGCCGGAGCCUGGGGGCGCGGGGACGCCGCCGGGAGGAGCCGCCGUGCCGCCCUCGCCGCCCCCGACGCUGCUGGACGAGGUGGAGCUGCUGGAGCUGGAGAGCUUAGCCGCCUGGCGGGACGAGGACGACUACACCUGGUUGUAUAUUAGCUCCUCCAAGACAUUUGCCUCAUCAGAGAAAUCCAUGAGUCCUUUGCAGUGGUGUAGACAUGUCCUGGAUAAUCCAACUCCCGAGAUGGAGGCAGCAAGACGUUCCCUGUGCUUUAGGCUGGAGCAAGCUAGCCGAUGGCGGAAUCUCUUCUCUUCAACUGUCUCGCUGGCUUUCCCUUGUAGUCCUGUUGCAAGACUCAGCCCUUAUAACAAUGGCAUUAAUACUCCCAGCUUCUCUAAAACCUCAAAUAAAGCAAUACUAACACCUGAAAGAACAGGUUCCACCUCCAGGGGGUCGCCUCUCAGUCCUCAGUCCUCUCUAGACAGUGAGCUGAGUGCUUCAGAACUGGAGGAUGAUUCCAUCUCCAUGGGCUAUAAGCUACAAGACCUCACUGAUGUUCAGAUCAUGGCUCGUCUGCAAGAAGAAAGUCUCAGGCAAGAUUAUGCUUCUACUUCUGCAUCUGUGUCAAGACAUAGUUCCAGUGUGUCACUGAGUUCUGGAAAAAAGGGGACAUGUAGUGAUCAAGAAUAUGAUCGAUACAGUCUGGAGGAUGAGGAAGAAUUUGAUCACUUACCACCACCUCAACCUCGUCUUCCACGAUGCUCACCUUUCCAAAGAGGAAUUCCCCACUCACAGACUUUCUCGAGCAUUCGGGAGUGUAGGAGGAGCCCCAGUUCUCAGUAUUAUCCUUCCAGUAAUUACCAGCAGCAACAGUAUUAUUCACCUCAAGCCCAAACUCCAGAUCAGCAACCAAAUAGGACAAAUGGAGAUAAGCUCCGUAGGAGUAUGCCUAAUCUAGCCCGAAUGCCAAGUACAACCGCUGUUAGUAGCAACGUUAGUUCUCCAGUCACCGUGCGAAACAGUCAGAGUUUUGACUCAAGCUUGCAUGGAGCUGGAAAUGGAAUUUCAAGAAUACAAUCUUGUAUUCCAUCACCGGGACAGCUUCAACACAGAGUCCACAGCGUGGGACAUUUCCCAGUGUCUGUCCGACAGCCUCUUAAAGCCACUGCCUAUGUGAGUCCAACUGUUCAAGGCAGCACCAACAUGCCUUUAUCCAACGGCUUACAGCUGUAUUCCAACACGGGAAUCCCCACACCCAACAAAACGGCGGCUUCUGGGAUCAUGGGCCGCAGUGCACUUCCAAGACCUUCACUGGCAAUAAAUGGGAGUAACCUGCCUCGAAGCAAAAUUGCACAGCCUGUUAGAAGUUUCCUUCAGCCUCCAAAGCCUCUGUCUUCACUCAGCACUCUGAGGGAUGGAAACUGGAGAGAUGGUUGCUACUGAUGCAGUUUUUAUGUACCCUGGAAGAACGGGGGAGAAAGUAAAAAAUGAGGGUUGUGUUACCUAGCUGGCUAGGUAACAGUGGAUGUUGGGAUAUUCUUUCCCUUUUGCAUUUUAACAUAUUUACUGCAUUGUUUUUCAAAGGACCAAUCACCAGAGACUAAUUAUUGCACUUAAAUAUUUGCCUGAGAUACUGCAACAUUCUCAAAUCCCUGGUUGCAGUAUUGUGAUACUUAGAUCUAGGAAGUUUUUGUAGAACUGCUGUGUACCCGAAUACUUUUUGAGAGAAUUAAGAUGUAUCGAUAAUGCUUUGCCAUAUGAGUUUUUUAAAGCAACUUGUUCAAUUUACUUACGUGUUCUAAACGUCUUCUUUCCAUUACAUGUUGUGUAUUUUAAUACAUUGCAUAUUUGCAACUAGGUUCUAUAACUUAAGUUUUGAAAUUUAAUUUUUUUUAUAGUUUACAGGAAUUUUAUUUUUUGCACCUAUUUCUUUUUACACCUAUGUGAACCACUAUGGAACAACUUAAAAUUUUGUGCCAUAAAAAUAUUUUUGUGGUAAGGUACUAUUUUUUUAGCUCUAGGGAUAUAUCAGCAAAAAUACACCACACAAUUUGAGAGACAUAAUUUUAUGUUGAUUGAGCACAAAGUAUUUGAAGCAUUGGAAGGAGAUAGCCAGACAGCAGAGUUCAAUGGUCUUGUCGUUUUCUUCUUCAUUGUUAAUUUAUUGUCACAUGUGAGUUUCCUAUUUCUAAUGGCAUUGCAAGCUCAUUGCACUUAAAACCUGCAAUGUUUGCUUCUCUGCCACAAUUGGUUUUUCAAUACUUUAUUACAAAGGAUGAAACUGUAAUGUUUUAUUAACAUUGCUUCUGGAAAUGAAUGCAUUUUAAAGCAAAUAAAUCUUUUUGAUAGACCUUUUACAAAAUCCAUUUGCACUAAUGAAUGCUUUCUUAUGGUAUAUGACUUAAUAUUUGUUACUGUGUACACUGCUGUUUUGGAAUGUUCAGAAAUAAAGACUCUAUUUCAACAAUAUCAGGUCAUGCAUGAAUGUACAAUAUAAACAGCAUAAAUACUAUAUAGAUGUUUCAUUGCAGUUCUGAAAAUGUUUAUUGUUGCUAUAUUCUUGGUAGGGCAUUACUAUCUAAAGAAGAUAGACUUAUGCAUAUGACAAUAUGCAUAUUUGUGAAAACUACUACUGAUUUCUCUAAAGCAGUUCUAGUAAGCAAUUUGAGGUUUUAAUUUUACGAAGUUUAGUUCCCAUUUAGAAAGGCCACUAACACAAAAAUAGCAAUACCUAGAACACAUUUAGGGAUGAACACUGUCAGCUGAAAUUUUCCUAUUUUAUUGGAGUCAUUUUUUUUGUUGUUGUUUAAAUAUACAUAUAUAACAAAUCAUUUGCCAACUCAACAAUUUCAACAUCGGGAUUUCAGUGACACUGAUUAAGUUCAUCAUGUUGUGUAGCCACUACCACUGUCCUUUUCCGAAUUAUUACACAAUCAACAGAAACUCGGUGCCCCCUAAGCAGUGACUCUGUGGGGUCAAAUUUGAAGUAUUUUCUAAAUAUCAAUUUUUAUCAGUAAAAUAGAAAAGUACUCUCAGUAUUCUGUGUUACGUUUGGUAUACGUUUAUAAACUCUUCACCUGCAGGUACUGUGGAAAGUUUAGGCAAAGGAUUUCAUGUUGCCUUUUUAAAUGGAGUUCUGCCUGAGGUCAUUAGAGAUCUUUAUUUAAAAGAAGUGUGUCUUUGAAUAUAAUUAUACCACUGAUUUUCAAAUAACUUGCAGUUUAAAUAAAAUGUGGGCUAGAGGAGAUAUCAAAAGGGAAGGUCAUAUUUACUGAGCAGUUCUUUAGUGAUAAGAAUUAUGCUAAAGAUUUUAUAUACAUUGUCUAAUGUAAUUCUAACAGUCACCUUCUGUCCUUACCACCGUUUUAAAGAUAAAGACACUGAGUCUCCAAGGGGCAAAUAUUUAGCUAGGAAAUAGUGAAACUGAGCUUUGAAUCUGGGUUUAUCAAAACUCACAGUCUGUUUUUCCCCACUAGUGUGCUCUCUUCCUGUGAACACAGGUCCAGUUAGUAUAUUUAAAAAAAAAAAGUUGCUAAUUAUAUUCUGCUGAGGAAAUGAAAGGGUACACUUCAUUUUCACUCCAAAUAUUUCAUUUAUAUUCAGAAAAAUAUGCUCAGCCCUUGAAGUUCAUCAGUGAAAAACACAAGAUCCAGGCAUAUGGGGUUUUACAUUCUAGUUAGGAAGAGAGAGAGUAAGCCAUAAGCAUAAUAAGUAAAUCACAGUAUGCUAAAAAAUAAAAAAAAAAUUACAUAUAUAUAUAUAUUUUUUUGCUAGGAGGUUAUAAAUACUGUGGGAAAAGAAAAAAGAGAUCAUGGAAGGGGAGUUGAGAAAAUGAAUGUGGGGAAGAGAUCGCACUAUUAAAUGGAGGGGGUGGCAUCUGAGGACAUCUUAUUAAGGAGUUGGCACUUGAGCAAAGACUUGAUGAAGAGGGAGCUAGUCCUGAAGAUAUUUGUCUUUCAGAGUUCCACAGAACACAAAGUGGUAUAAGUUGACCAUUUUCUCAAUUCUCCCAAGAAUAAUACAACAAUUAUCAUUCUAGAUGCAUAGGAGAGCAUUUAAUAUGUUAUAUACAAUGUAUGGCAUAGCGGAGUGGUUCUCAAAGUUUGGUCUCCAGACUUACAGCAUCAGCACCUCUUAGAGACUUGUUAGAAAUGCAUAUGCUCAAGCCACAUCCCAGAUCUCUUGAAUCAGCCUUCCAGGUGAUUUGCGGGACCCCAAUUGAGAACCAAACCGGUUGCCUUUGAGUGUACUCAGUCUCAUGGCAAUCCCAUGUGUGUCAGAGUAGAACUGUGGUCCAUGGGGAUUUCAAUGGCCUAUUUUUCAGAAGUAGGUUGGGAGGUCUUUUUUUCAAGAUGCUUCUGGGUGGACUUGAACCUCCAACCUUUCGGUUAUCAGUUGAGCGCAUUAACUGUUUGCACUACCCAGAGACUCCACCAUUGAGAAAGGAUACUGGAAAGAAGGGAACAGCCUGUGCAAAUGCUAAAAGGUAGGAGCAUACUCGGUGUGUUUGAGGAAAGGCAAGGAGGCCAAUGUGGUUACAAGAAGAGCAAGGAGGAAAGUAGUAAAGAUGAGGUCAGGAAGGGGCAAGAUCAUGUAGAACAUUGAAGGCCACAAUAAAGACUUUGAUUUUACUCUGAAAUGGGAAGCUGUUUUAUGGUUUUGAGCACUUAGUUUUAAAAGUACCACUCUGAUAUUUGGCGAAAACAUAAUGUAGGAGGACAGGGUAAAUGAAAAGAUGAAUUAGAAUAUUUCAAUAGUCCAGGCCAGAGAUGAUAGGAAAUUGGACCAGGGUGGUAGCAGUGAGUUUCUAUGGAUCAGGUAUCUGGACACAGCUUCACUGGGUCUUCUGACUUGAGGUCUCUUAAAAGGAUGCAGUCAUCUCAAGGCUCAACUGGGGAAGAAUCUGCUUCAAAGAUCACUCAACGGUUGUUGGCAGGAUGCUGUUCCUUGUGGGCUAUGGACCAGAAGCUGUCCUUCGUUUCUUACCACAUGGACCUUUCCAUGAGGCAGCUCACAACAUAGGAGCUUGCUUCAUCACAGCAAGCAAGAGAGAAGUGCCAGAGAGAGAGAGAGCUAACAAGAUGGAAAUUACAGCCUUCUAUAACCUGAUCUUGGAAGUGACAUCCCAUCAUUUUGUCAUAUUCUAUUCAUUAGAAGCAAGUCAGUCAAGCUAAGGAGAGAAGAUUCACACAAGAGUGUGAAUACAAGGAGGCAGUUUUCAUUGGGAACCAUUUUGGACGCUGCCUAUAAAACAUUGUAGUCACCUUUACUGGAUAAUGCCAAUUUAAAAAUGGCUGUACACUACGUGUUUGCCAGCAGUGCAUGAGAAUUCUUGUUGCUACUCAUACUUGGUAUUGUUAACUUUUAACUUUUUAAUCUGUGGGUGUGUAGUAGUGUCUCGUUGUGGUUUUAACUUGUAUUGCCUUUGUUACCAAUGAAAUUGAACACCUUUUCAUCAUACGUUUAUUGAAUACUCUUUUUUAUGGAUUUUUAUUUGUCUUUGUCCAUUUUUCUAUUGUGGUUUUCUUACUGAUUUUAGUUCUUUAUAUAUACAUUAUAUUCUACAAACCUGUUGUCAGUCAUAUAUGUUGUAAAUAUGUUUUCACACUAUGUAGCUUGCCUUUUCAUUCUGUAAUUUUUUUUUUCGAUGGAUAUAAUUAUUUUUUAAAAGUUUUUAAGUUUUUCUGUAUCUUGAUUCAGGAAUAUUUCCCUACCUUCAGAUCAUGAAUAUAUUCUCCUAUAUUUUAGAAAUGUUAUUACAUUGCAUUUCAUAUAUAGGUUUAUAAUUCAUUUAGAUUUUAUUUUUGUGUAUGGUGUGAGGAUCAGUUACAACUGUAUUUUCUUUUUCAGUAUGGGCAUCUAAUUGUCCUGGUAACAUUAAUUGAAAUAUCCAUCCUUUCCCUACUACUCUGCAUUGCUACUUGUGCCAUAACUCAAAUGUCCAUGUGUGUAUAUGUCUAUUUUGAAGCUGUCUAUCCUUGCACCGUUUCAAGAGGUAGUAUAUGAUCAGGAACCGAUGGUACUAGAGGAAGAAGUCCAAGCUGCACUGAAGGCAUUGGUGGAAAACAAGGCUUCAGGAAUUGAUGGAAUAUCAAUUGAGAUGUUUCAACAAAUGGGUCCAGCGCUGGAAGUGCUCAUUGUUUAUGCCCAGAAAUUUGAAAGACAGCUACCUGGCCAACCUAGUGGAAGAGAUCCAUAUUUAUGUCUCUUUUCAAGAAAGGUGAUGUAACUAAAUGUGGAAAUUAUCGAACAAUAUCAUUAAUAUCACAUGUAAGCAAAAUUUUGCUGAAGAUCCUUCAAAAGCAGUUGCAACAGUGUAUCGACAGGGAACUGCCAGAAAUUCAGGCCAGAUUCAGAAGAGGACAUGGAACCAAAGAUAUCAUUGCUGAUGCCAGAUGAAUCCUGGCUGAACAACAGAAGGAUGUUGAUCUGUGUUUUAUUGACUAUGAAAAGGCAUUCAACUGUGUGCAUCAUAACAAAUUACUGAUAACAUUUCGGAGAAUGAGAAUUCCAGGAUGCUUAAUUGUGCUCAUGAGGAACCUGUACGUAGAUUAAGAGGCAGUCAUUUGAACAGAACAAGGGGAUACUGCAUGGCUUAAACUCAGGAAAGAUGUGCAUCAGAGCUGUAUCCUUUCACCAUACCUAUUCAAUCUAUAUGCUGAGCAAAUAAUCCGAGAAGCUGGACUAUAUGAAGAAAAGCAGAGCAUCAAGAUUGGAAGAAGACUCAUUAACAACUUAAAAUAUGCAGAUGAUACAACCUUGCUUGCUGGAAGUGAAGAGGACUUAAAGUGUUUGUUCAUGAAGAUCAAAGACCACAGCCUUCAGUAUGGAUUACACCUCAACAUAAAGAAAAAAAAAAUCCUCACAACUGGACCAAUUAGCAACAUCGUGAUAAGUGGAGUAAAGAUUGAAGUUGUCAAGGAUUUCAUUUUGCUUGAAUUCACAAUCAACAGCCAUGGAAGCAGCAGUCAAGAAAUCAAAAAAUGCGUUGUAUUGGGCAAAUCUGCUGCAAAGGACCUCUUUGAAGUGUUGAAAAGCAAGGAUGUCGCCUUAAAAACUAAGGUGCGCCCGACCCGAGCCAUGGUAUUUUCAAUCGCAUCAUAUGCAUGCAAAAGCUGGGCAAUGAAUAGGAAGACCGAAGAAGAAUUGACGCCUUUGAAUUGUGGUGUUGGCCAAGAAUAUUGAAUAUACUCUUGACUGCCAAAAGAAGGAACAAAUCUGUGUUGGAAGAAGUAAAAUCAGAAUGAUCCUUAGAAGCAAGAAUGGCGAGACUGUGUCUUACAUACUUUGGACUUGUUGUUAGGAGGGAUCAGUCCCUGGAGAAGGACAUCAUGCUUGUUAAAGUACAAGGUCAGUGGAAAAGAGGAAGACCCUCAAGGAGAUGGAUUGACACAGUAGCUGCAACAGUGGGCUCAAGCGUAACAAUGAUUGUGGGCACGGUGCAGAACCAGGCAGUGUUUCCUUCUAUUGUACUUAGGGUUGCUAUGAGUCGGAACCGACUCAAUGGCACCUAACAACAACAACAGUGCUUUCACCAGAACUGUGCUGUUUUAAUCACUGUUGCUUCUGUUUUGCUAAAUAGCAAAGCAAUUCUUGACACUUUGUUUUUCUUCAAGAAUGCCUCGACUAUUCUUAUACCUUUACGUUUCCAAAUACAAUUUUUGGCAUGAGUUGGUCGAGUUACAGAAAAACAUCCUAUUGGAAUUUUUAUUGGGAUUGCAUUGACAUUGUAAUACAAUAUGGGGAAAAUUAAUUUUUACAGUAUUGAGUCUUCCAGUCUAUGAACAUGGGCAUUUCUUUUAUUGAGAUAUUCUUUAUUUCUCUCAUUAAAAAUUCUUCAGAUUCUAUAUACAGGGCUUUACUCACCCUUUGCUAGAUUAAUUUUUAUGCAUUUGAUGUAUUUUUUUUUCUAUUUUAAAUGAUGUUUUUUAAAAGGUCAUUAUUCAGUGCUUUUAAGUGUUUUAUUCAACAACUUUUAACUUAGUUAUAAUAACUUAUCUUUAGAAUCUUUUGGAUUUUCUAUAUACAGAGUCAAAUAUAAGGAUGUUAGCUUUUUUCUUCUUUUCCUUAUAUUUUUUUCUUUCUUUUUCUUGCCUUGUGGCCUUCAGUGCAAUAUUAA